AUGAUCCAUCCACACGAGAAGACUCCUGUAGGAACCGAACAAGACUUGUACCGAUUCUAUCAGUUGUAUGGCCCAUCGAUUCGUGAUGCUUUCCGAUAUGCUUCCCCCAGUUCCAUCUCGGCGUACCGAAAAGCUGUUACGGCUGCUCUCCGCACCCUGGGCUAUGAUGGUCUUGUACGGGCCAUCCGAGGUGACAUGGAGGCAGAUAACCACAAAGUUUUCCUUGUGGAGGCGUCCCUCGACGACAGAAGGGACUGCGUCGUCUCUGUGAUCACUGACGAGGUUAUGAAAAUGGUCUGGGAGAUGUAUCUGGAAGGUCAAACUCGGCAGGUUGCCGAAUUUGCCACGUUGUUCUCUAAUCAAUCUUCCUCAAGGUCCACUGCAGGAUGGAUCGUCGACACUCACGUACACCCUAUUUUGCUGCAGGCUGAGACACGGACGUUUCACCCGAUGCAAGGCUUGGUCAAGGGGGUAAACAUCCACUACUCGUACCCCGGCCCGACCGCCGUGCAGUUUCCCAACGUCGAAGUGCAGAUCCCUGACCUCGAUUACUAUUCGUUUUCGAUGAAUGAUUCCACUACGGACUUCAAACUCAACUGCUACUAUCAGCCCGAGGAAAGAGAUGACGCGACGUUCGACGCUCUUAUAUUCACGCAGGAGAAGGGUCAAAACUACGUCACAAUGUACCAGGUUACGCUGUGGAAGGAACACGACGUCAGCGAGAAGGGGUUGACGUUCUUACAGAAAUGCCUGGAUCUACCGAAGGGAACUGCAUCUAUCCCGUCGCUGCGUAUCCGCUACGUGUUGGUCACACUAAAGGGUGAGGAGGUGAAAAGCGUUUUCCCAAGGGAUUGGGUUGAGAACAGAUGGAAGGGCAUAUUGGACGUAUACGCCCUAGAGAUUGAAUUCUGA